GGCGAGGCUUGCUCCACGAGGUCGGUCCCAGGGGAGCGAGCGGGCGCGCCGAGGGGCGAGCGGCCAGAGCCCGGGAUGGAGCCCCGCGAAAGGACGAGGCUCCCCGCCUCACUGGAGGGAGACCCGAGGGAAGAAAGCAAAUUAAAACGUGGAAUUUCCCGAGACUUGAUUCCUUCUCCCAAAAUAGACAGAUACAAAAUAGCAAGACAAUUAACGGAAAAGGCCAUCAAGGAAAAGAAGAUUUUCUCCAUCUAUGGGCACUACCCAGUGAUACGGGCCGCCCUUCGAAGAAAGGGUUGGGUGGAGAAGAAGUUCCACUUUCUCCCCAAGUUCCUCCCGAAUGUGGACGAUGACAGUGCGGGGGUGACGGAAUGUAAACGUGCUGAAGGCAAAGAAGGCCAAGAAACGGCUCUGGAGAAGACAGACGACAUCCACGAUGUGAUGUCCAGGUUGGUAAAAAAUGAAAUGCCGUACUUCCUCUGGACCAUCAAAAGGGACGUCAUUGACUAUCACAGCCUGAACUGUGACCAGGUGCUGAACCACUUUGGGAAGACGGCUUCCUUCACCACCAAGAUCGGGCUGUGUGUGAACAUGCGGAACCUGCCGUGGUACGUCCAGGCCAACCCUGACUCCUUCUUCCCACGCUGCUACGGCCUCUGCACCGAGAGCGAGAAGCAAGAAUUCCUGGAUGACUUCCGGCGGACGGUGGCCUCCAGCGUCCUCAAGUGGGUGGUCAGCCACCAGAAGUCCUGCAGCAGCAGCGGACCCGGCCGCAGCGGGGAGGCCGGCGGCAGCGGCCCCGGCAGCAGGAAAGGUCCCGAGAAUGCGGAAUCCAAGCCCACGGGCCUCCCCGGGGAGCUAGUGGACACCGCGUGCAAGGCGUGCCAGGCCUACCUGGGGCAGCGGGAGCACAGGGACAUCGACGGCUCCAGGGACGCCGGCCGGGGCCUCACGGAGGACGAGUGGAAGGACCUGACGCAGCAGUACUACUCCCUCGUUCACGGUGACGCUUUCAUCUCCAAUUCAAGAAAUCACUUUUCGCAGUGCCAGGCUCUGCUGAACAAAAUCACAUCUGUGAACCCUCAGACAGAGAUCGAUGGGCUUCGGAACAUCUGGAUCAUCAAGCCAGCAGCCAAGUCCCGUGGCAGAGACAUCGUGUGCAUGAACCGAGUGGAAGACAUCCUGGAGCUGGUGGCCGCAGACCGCCCCUCUGCCAGGGACAACAAGUGGGUGGCGCAGAAGUACAUCGAGACCCCGCUGCUCAUCUACGACACCAAGUUUGACAUCAGGCAGUGGUUCCUGGUCACCGACUGGAACCCCCUCACCGUCUGGUUCUACAAGGAGAGCUACCUGCGGUUUUCCACACGGCGCUUCUCCCUGGACAACCUGGACAGCGCCAUCCACCUGUGCAACAACUCGGUCCAGAGGCGCCUGAGGAACGAGGAGGACCGCAGCCCGCGGCUGCCCUGCCACAACAUGUGGACCAGCACCAGGUUCCGCCAGUACCUGCAGAAGCGGGGCCGCGGGGCCGUGUGGGCGGACGUCAUCUACCCGUCCAUGAAGCGGGCCAUCGCCAACACCAUGAAGGUGGCGCAGGACCACGUGGAGCCGCGCAAGAACAGCUUCGAGCUGUACGGAGCCGACUUCGUCCUGGGCCGCGACUUCCAGCCCUGGCUGAUCGAGAUCAACUGCAGCCCCACCAUGCACGCGUCCACGCCCGUCACGGCGCAGCUGUGCGCCCAGGUGCAGGAAGACACCAUCAAGGUGGUGGUGGACCGCAAGGUCGACCGCAACUGCGACACCGGCAACUUUGAGCUGCUGUGGAGACAGGGCUGCCCAGGGAGUGCCCAGCGCCCUGCCUCGUGUGCCGCGGUUCGCUGCCGCCCGCGCGGCCCUGCAAGCGCUGCCGCUCCUUCUGCGCCGCGGUCCUGCAGGGCGCCUCCUUCGUGCCCCUGGGCAGCGGGCGAGGCGGCGGCGCGUGGACACCGUGACGCCGAGCACCGGGACGCCGAGGACCGAGCGGGGCCGACGCGCCCAGGCCCCGCGGCCCCUAGAGCGUGGCUCGUUUCUUUGGAAACCUGCACUUAGACGAGAGACCUUGUAUGCAGAGUUAUUUUAGCGAAA